GCCACAAGCGAAAGAAGCAACGGUCACACUGGGCUAUUGAUUUAAAACCAAACAAAUGAUUUGCAAAAUUUUGUAAAUCCAAAAGUGAGUCAAAAGUUAUAGGGUUAUGGCUACCAGCUCCUCCAACUCCUCGGCGCCAUUAUCUGUGUGCCCUUCGGCGGGACCUGGUGGUAAUGAGACAACAGCAACGCCAUCUCUUCAGGCGUGCAAAAGCAGCGGCUGCAAAAUCGGAACAUACGUUGAAAAGACUAAACGCAGAUGUUCUCAGUUUGUGUCGGCUCCAUAUAUAAUGCAAAAACCUCUGGUAGUCAAUGGCACCACUGCCAUAUUCCAGAUGGGCGGACAAAUGGCCAAAGUGGGCGACAUCCCGUCACUGUCCGCAGUUACCGGUGGCGAUGGCAAAGCCAUCUAUCGCAUUAAGCCGGGCACACACGCUCAUGUCAUCAACUAUGUGCUCGUCGAUGAGGGAUCCGAUUCCAUGGAAAAGGCAAAGUCAGGCGACCAGGAAACAAUGAGAAUGCUUCUAGACUCCCAGCGAGAGAGCGCCACCUCCAAGCUUCAAAAAUUCAUAGCCAAUCAUCGUGGAACUACUACCAACAAUGCCGCUGCUCCGGCUCCUGUUCCUCCAGUUGCAACUCCAGCAGUUGUGACGGUUCAACCUCCUGCUGUUCAGCCAUCUGCUCUUAUUACCACACCACAAAUUCAUCCAGAUUUCUCAAUUGCCAGUGUAGAGGGGGCUGUAUCGUUUGCAUCGCCUAAUUUGGAACCUAUAGCCACACCGACAGCUUUGACAGCAGCGCCCUCUAUUCCACCGAGCCUUGCUCCGGCCACCACUAACAAUAACAACAAUGCCGUGGAACGUUUGCAAGCUGAGAUUUUGGAAUUACGGCGUACAGUGGUACGUCUACAGGGAGAAAAAUUAUACUCCCUUGAAAACUGUUCAAAUUAGUCUUAAAAUUACACUUAAAUAUGUUACUAAAAUAAGUAAAGAAUACGUGUUUUUUCCUUUGAUUUCAGUUUGUACUUAAUUAAUUAAUGCAACUGAGAUAAAUUCUCUCUGUGUAUGUAUAUGGACUAUGCUUGAAUGCAGCUUAUUUGUUUAAUUUCCUUUAAUUUUGUAUUUUUCUUUUAUUAAAUUCAAAUUACUUGCCAAACAUUAAA